GCAGCGCUAUGUCCCCGCCCCAAGCCAAGAAAGCCUGGAAGUCCCGUGCCCAAAGCUGAAGCUCAGCGUCCCCCGAGCAGUGCUGGCGACCUGUCGCCAAGGAGGACGUGACUUCGAGCUGCCUGCGCUUCCUCCAAGCCAUAUUCCUUUAAGAUGAUGUAAUAGUCAUUUCCCUGGAUGGUUUCUUGCCUGCACUGCUGAAACAACAGCAUCGGAACUGCACUGGGAACUGUGGAACCACCCAGCUCUGCCGCCAGAGAAGCCCAAGCCUGAGCCCCCCGCUGGCAUCACUGAGCGAGGCAGCUGCUGGUUUCCAUAGGCUCCCACCUGGCUGGGAACAUGGAAGUCCCUUUGCCCUUGCCGGCAGGUGGGGUGGCUACCUGGAACCCCAACAGGGCAAGUCUGUCUGCCUUUCUGCUUCUGCUCUUUCUGAAAAUCUUUUAAGUCCCACUAUCUUUUGCAACUCUCUUCUGUUUUAAGGAUAUCUAAAGGUUUGAUUUUUUUUUUUCCUCCUGGAGAAGCUUGGUUAAAUAUUCUUUGCUUUGCUUUUUCAAACCAACAACCUCUCAUCAUCAUGGUUUAACUUUUUUGUUACUUAUUUUAACUUGAGACUGGAAGUAAAUAUAUAAAUAGAUAGACAUACACAUAUACAUUUAAAUAAAUAUUUAUAUCUAUAGUCAUUAUUUUCUCAGAGCAUUCAUUUCUCUGGCACUUUUUAUUGAUACCUCUGUCCUUUACCUCUUUGGAAUUUGACAAGCUCCAGAUUCUGGCUGUGAAUUCUGACUGCUUUAUAAAUGGGUAUUUCUUCAAGAGAACUGGGUCUCCAGCAUUCAUAAGACAGACCUCUGAGUAACUGGGGACUUGACCUGUCUUGCCUACUGAGCUUGGAGGAAGAUCCAACAGAGUUGAGUUGAUGAUAUUCCAUCAAGUAAAAGCUCACCACCAGCCAAGCUUUAAACUUCAUUUGCAUCACCACCUCACCUGUGGACUCUUCUAAAUUUUGCUUUAUUGGGGAAAAAGAAAACUGGGUAAGAGGAAUUUUGCUUUUUAAACAAGUUACCAUCCUUCUCCCUCCUUACAAGUUAAAGCAAAGGAUAAGACUGUGACUCCAUUGGAUUGUACCUGUAAAUCAAAAUAGAAGAAGGGACAAUGGCUCUGAGUGGCAACUGCAGUCGUUAUUAUCCUCGAGAACAAGGGGUUGCAGUUCCCAACUCCUUCCCUGAGGUUGUGGAACUGAAUGUUGGGGGCCAAGUUUAUUUCACUCGCCAUUCCACAUUAAUAAGCAUCCCUCAUUCUCUCCUAUGGAAAAUGUUCUCCCCAAAGAGAGAAACUGCUAAUGAUCUAGCCAAGGACUCCAAGGGAAGGUUUUUCAUUGACAGAGAUGGAUUCUUGUUCCGUUACAUUCUGGAUUAUCUCAGGGACAGGCAGGUAGUCCUGCCUGAUCACUUUCCAGAAAGGGGAAGACUGAAAAGAGAAGCUGAGUACUUUCAGCUCCCAGACUUGGUCAAGCUCCUGACCCCUGAUGAAAUAAAGCAAAGCCCGGAUGAAUUCUGCCAUAGUGACUUUGAAGAUGCCUCCCAAGGAAGCGACCCAAGAAUCUGCCCACCUUCCUCACUGCUCCCCACUGACCGAAAGUGGGGUUUCAUUACUGUGGGGUACAGGGGGUCCUGCACCAUGGGCAGAGAAGGGCAGGCAGAUGCCAAAUUUCGGAGAGUUCCCCGGAUUUUGGUUUGUGGAAGGAUUUCCUUGGCGAAGGAAGUCUUUGGAGAAACUUUGAAUGAGAGUAGAGACCCUGACCGGGCCCCAGAAAGAUACACCUCCAGAUUUUAUCUCAAAUUCAAGCAUCUGGAAAGGGCUUUUGAUAUGUUGUCAGAGUGUGGAUUCCACAUGGUGGCCUGCAACUCCUCAGUGACAGCAUCUUUUGUCAACCAAUAUACGGAUGACAAGAUCUGGUCAAGCUACACUGAAUAUGUCUUCUACCGUGAGCCUUCUAGGUGGUCAUCAUCCCACUGUGACUGCUGCUGCAAGAAUGGCAAGGGUGACAAGGAAGGGGAGAGUGGCACAUCUUGCAAUGACCUCUCCACCUCCAGCUGUGACAGCCAGUCUGAGGCAAGCUCUCCCCAGGAGACAGUCAUCUGUGGGCCUGUGACACGCCAAACCAAUAUCCAGACUCUGGACCGUCCUGUCAAGAAGGGCCCAGUGCAGCUGAUCCAACAGUCAGAAAUGCGGAGAAAAAGUGAUCUGCUCCGGACUCUGACUUCAGGCUCCAGGGAGUCGAACAUGAGCAGCAAAAAAAAAGCUGUUAAGGAAAAGCUUUCUAUUGAGGAAGAGCUGGAGAAAUGUAUCCAGGAUUUCCUCAAGAUCAAAAUUCCAGAUCGGUUUCCUGAGAGAAAACAUCCUUGGCAAUCUGAACUUUUACGGAAGUAUCAUCUAUAGGGGAGGAGGGUGGGGGGUGG